AAGAACGCUGAAAUCAUGGCGGGGAAACCCAAGCUGCACUACACCAAGGGAAGGGGGAAGAUGGAGUCAAUCCGAUGGCUGUUAGCAGCAGCCGGGGUUGAGUUUGAAGAGGAAUUCAUAGAAACAAAGGAAGACCUAGAAAAAUUACGCAACGAUGGAGUCCUGUUGUUCCAGCAAGUGCCUAUGGUGGAGAUUGAUGGGAUGAAGAUGGUGCAGACUAGAGCCAUCCUCAGCUACAUAGCAGCAAAGUACAACCUCUAUGGGAAGGACCUGAAGGAGAGAGCCUGGAUUGAUAUGUACGUGGAGGGAACAACAGACCUGAUGGGAAUGAUCAUGUAUCUCCCUUUUCAACCAGCUGACACAAAAGAAAAGAAUCUUGCCUUAAUCAUUGAACGAGCUACAACCAGGUACUUUCCUGUUUAUGAAAAGGCCUUAAAAGACCACGGGCAUGAUUAUCUUGUUGGCAACAAAUUAAGCUGGGCAGACAUCCACCUUCUGGAAGCCAUUUUAAUGGCAGAAGAAUGUAAGCCUGACAUACUGUCUGCAUUCCCUCUGCUACAGGCUUUUAAAGGAAGAACGAGCAACAUUCCAACAAUCAAAAAAUUCUUGCAGCCUGGCAGCCAGAGGAAGCCACCAACAGAUGAGAAGUUUGUUGCUGUUGUGAGGAAAAUAUUCAAUAUCUAAUCACGUGGCUGCUGAACAUAACACAACUGUAGUAUAUUAGUAUAUAAGAGCUGUGCCUUAUAAGUGUAAACUGCAUAGAUGUAUUCUAUAGCUUGAAUUAUAUACCCAGUCACAUGGUAAUCAUUAAAACACAAUACACCUUUAAAUUAGAGUAAAAGGCUGAUCUGGACCUGUUGAGUCCAGAAAGUGGUAUUUCAUGGAACAAUUACAUGAAAUAAAAUACGUUGAUACU